CGCGAGAGAGAGCCCCGGGGCGCCGCACUCCGACGGACGGAGCGGCGUUGCCACCUCUUCGUGGUCGCUGCAUCGCGAGAACCGAUACGGCAACCAAGAACACCGUCGUUGCCACGUCCGCUGCUACGUUCCGCUGCCAGCCGGGACGGCAGCUCGCUGGCUACGACGACCGUCUCUCUCGCUUAGCUGCUGUUUCAGAACCGAAUAGCAACAUGGAGGCGACGGAGAGGGAGAAGCCACUGGUUAAAGACGUGAACGAGCAUAUCGUGUGUCCUCUGUGCAGGGGCUACCUUGUAGACGCAACGACACUCGUGGAAUGCCUGCAUUCUUUUUGCAGAGGUUGCAUAGUCAGGCGGCUGAGCAGCGGUGCCCGAGCGUGUCCCGUGUGCAACGUCGCAACGUCUCCGCCUCUCCAGCCGGACGUGAAGCUACAACGACUGGUGUAUCUCCUGGUACCGGGCCUCUUCCGGUCUGAACUCGACCGAAGGCGUCACUUCCGGCGGGUGAACCCACAGUGUCCACCUUCGACCCCACCCUUGGGGUCUCUCGAUUUAACCUUGGACGACUUCGUCAGUCUAAGUCUGUGCGAGCUCGAUGAACCGGAAGAAGAGGGACAAGAUCAGCAAGCGGAGAACCAUGUCGGGUCACGACACCGGACGAGCAUCGAUCAGACCAAGCACGAAGACACGAUACGGAUUCGAAGUACGCGAUAUUUAAAAUGUCCGGCAGGGGUGACGGUCCGACACCUGGUCAGAUUGUUGAUGCUGAAGAGAGGUUGGGAAGAGGCGAGCUCUCAGGGGACGAACGUCAACACGAUAGAAAUGCUGUGCGAGAGGAACAACGAACACCGACGCGGGGGCUCGAAGAUGAUGGCAUUGGACCAAUCGUGGACUCUGUUAGACCUUGCCUGCAUAUUUGGCUGGAAAAGGGAAUCGCCUAUGAAGCUGUAUUACCGAGUGACGCGAAAGGAUAACGUGGUCACCGUGUCGAGAGUGAGCCCUUACAACGACGAGACGUCCAAAGAUGCCACAACGAUGGAAAACAUUCAAAGACCGCCGACGCCGCCGCCAAGUCCAAAGCCUGUCCAAGAAUGCGAAGUCGAGGCUCGUAGGAUUUUAGAAAGUAGCACCGAGCCGGCUCGGUCGCUGGAGACGAAUCUGGAACGCGACAAGGAGCCGAAGGCAAAGAAACCCCGUUGCGAGGUGACGCCCGUCAUGAGAACGCCCGAUCUCGUGCCGAUGCAGACCAAUCACGUGCCGGAGAGCUCGAAGACCAAAGAGCUGACCAGAUUGGAGCACCGGAAACGCAGGAAACGACGGAACAAGCGAGUCAUCGCCGAGAUCACGACCACACCGAGGGAAGAUCUGUUGAAACUGAAGGUUCGGCUUACGCCCUGUCCAUCGAGGAUCACGUCGACCACUGGAGCUGGACAGACAAAGGAGAAGUUGUUGCAGAUGAGGGCCGUUAGACGAGAGAAAAUCAAAGCCACGGCUAUGGGGCAGCAACGAUCGACGAGUAGUUCUUUGGUCCGAGAAGAAGGUGCUGGUCCGAAAGAUAACAUCGGGGAAACUGAGGAGACGAUAGAGGAGAUCAUAGACAGUAUACCGGACGAAGUUGUCAGAAUCGCACAAAAUAUAAGUACUCCAGCAGAAGAGACGUCCCCAGGGACGGAAAGGAUGGAACCGAGAAGUACACCGUCCACUUGUAGAUCUUCCCCCAAAUCAAAAGAGGAGACGGAACCCGAGACAGCGAAGGCGCCGGAGAAGGUCGAACUGGUCCAACCGAAGAAAGACGAGGAGAUCCUCCGACGAUUGGGUUUGGUAGCGGUGAACGAAAGCGGCGAAAACUUCCGUGAGAAAACGAAGCAACGUGUUCAAAGCAACAGCGAGAAGAACGACAGUAUGGACCGAGAGAAGCUCGAGAAGCAACUUCGUGAAAGUAAAGCUAACCGUGUGAGGAGUUUGUUAGCCGAGAAACAGAUGCGCGACACCCUCAAGAGUAUAAUGUCGAAGACAAAAGAAGAGCAAUCCCCGAAUCUACAAGUCAGUACCGUUCCAAAGAAGAAAGGACCACCGCCGCUGGCACCCCUCCGAGUCGCUAAGCCUUCGGGCUUCGCCGCGUCGAGCGCCAUUUUAGAACCAAACAAUUCGAAAUACGAGAUACCGUUGGACCUCAGCAGCGGUGGAACUGUGCACAAUAACGUCCUCGAUCUAUCCGCCAAUUUAUCGACCGGUAACUUCUCCUUGUCCUCCGCGUCUUCGUCAUCAUCCUCAUCAUCCUCCCCAUCUUCUUCCUCAUCGUCCUCGUCAUCUUCGUCCUGUUCAGUGUCCUCGUUGAAUACCAGACCAGUACGACCAGGUAUCGCCACGGGAAGCUUAUUACGAGGGAAGACGAAGGAUUCGGAUCAACGACGCGGUCAAGAAUCCAAUCUGGUCACGCUUUCCGAUGCAGCGGUGUCCUUGCUAAGCGGAUGCAUCUCCGACAAGAACUCGGUGGAUCCUUUGGUGCUCGGUUCGGGCAACAUCGCCAGCAAAGUGGCACUGCGGAUACCACAGCCUCAUCAGCGUAUAUCUGGUUUCGGAAUGAAGAUCAAACCCAAUCUCAGCAUCAGGCACAUACCCAAUCCGCAAGCUGUAGUCGCCUCGCAGUACAGAAAUCAACGGGCCAGCUACUUCAACACCGGCUCCCAGCAGCCACCGUAAGAAGGAUCCCUCGCCGAUCAACAAACGGCCCAGCUUUCCUGUAUUCCUCCGUUUCACCAUUACCAUACCUACUUCCUACUAUCUUUACACGUAUAAGAACGCUCCUACGGAAAAACGAGAUUCCUAUGUGACCAACCCAAAGGCUGUACGUUACCAUAUAUUUUCUUCCCCCGCUUCCUGUAAAACCGCGUCUCGUCCACACACGCGACCGUGGGGCUUAAACGUUUCACAAAACGACGCGACGUGUUUCCGCGUGGGUGCGAAGACACACGGGGUACACCCGGUAGCACGAACUAGAACAGCCGUCUCGGCGAGUGAAAGUGUAAGAGAAGAUUUAACAUGGUAAAAGCAAACGAGUAUGUAAGGUACCUGCUUUAAAAGAAACAAAAAAAAAAGAAGUAUGGGAACCGGCUUCCCGUGUGUCUUCGACCUGUGAGAGGAAACGAUAUUCGAUCCGUUGUUAUUUAGAUAUAUGUUAAGUUACGUAUGUUUGUAAUGCAUGUGUGUAUGUGUGUGUCUAUGAUCCACCGUAGCCAUUAAAACGCAGAUCGUGCUCGUGUCUCGAACGGACGAAGGAUUCUUCAAAAAAAAAAAAGAGAAAAGAUGGAGUCGGCAAUUAGACGAACCGCUCCUGCGAUUACCAGUGGCGUAAUGCGUGACAGAGAUAGAUUAUACGUUAUAUAAACGUGUGGUUAGGGGUUGUAGAGUGGGUAUAUAGCGGGUGAAUGGUUACGAAUACGGCGGACGGAUGACGGAUAAGCUUUCCUUGUCUCCCCCACGUGUUGUCUCUCCUUUAGAAACUUAGAGAAAUAUACGUAUGUACUUCAUAGAGAUGCCAAAGAAGUUCGGAGAACGUGUGCAAUGUAUUAGUGCAAUUUAAUUAUCGUAUAUCGUAUAAUAUAUACCUAUCAUUAUACAACGGACUUGGCGCGAUGAUACGGCUGUAAGAUUCGAUUCGUGGUAAAAAGGGGGGGUAUACGCUAGUCGUAACGGCGAAAUAUUAUGCGAAUCGGAUGCACACGAUUUGAAGCAGCCCUUAAAUAAUUUUACAAGAUGUCGACGGACAGUUUCGCGAAUCCCACGAAAUCAUCUUUUAUAAUCGGAAGUAUAUAUGUAUAACUGGAAAGCUUUGCGAAAGCUUUCCCACGCGCGUGUUCUCGAUAAUAUCUGAUAGUCGAGGCACAUCUAUAAAGCAUACCUACUGUUGAAUCGGCAGUUUUUCUUUUUUUUCUUUUGCUUUACGAAAAAAUAUAAACUCAUAUCGCUGUUAUUGGUUUGCGAAUAAUAUUAUUAUGGUCAAGUGCUUUUGAAAAGAAAAUCAAAAAAAGAAAAAAAAAAAAGAACGGCGAGAGGAGCUGAGAGCCUGAUUUAUGUAAUACGACGAUUUUUAACGCUGUAACACGCGGAAUUUGUACGAUCGUUGAAUUGCUCUCGUUUAACCGAGGACAGCAAUAAAGAUCAACUUGAUUUAAAGGAAACCCGAAACGUUUACCAGGAAUUCCAGAUCCUACUCGAACGGUCAGAAUAAUUCAGUGUUUAAUGGAGCGUAAGACGUUGCGUAAAAAAGAAUACUAUAAUUAUCGAACGGGCAUCAAGGUGGGUAUGCAGAAAUACAGUAAGGAUUGGAUAUUCAAGACGGUACGUCGCUAAACGAGUCAACGGUAGUUAAAAAGCAUCCUUCGAAUGAUAUAGGUACUUGUCAACGAGAGACGGGGAACGAACGAGAACCACGGAGAAUGAUGGUACAUUAUAUAAUAAUAUUCGUGUAGGAAAGCAGCGCAUCAAUUAAUAGACAUAUGUAUGUAUAGCUUGUACGUUUAUGAUGUCCAAUUAUCCUGCUCCACACUCGCGUGCGCGUGUGCGUUAAUUCCCGUGUAUGGAGAAUAUGAAUGCGCAAACGAAAAAGGAGAGAACGUAUCUAUCUUGUUCUCGGCAACGGAAUCGGGUAUUCGAAUCGGUAACGAAAUUCGCGUCAAUUAAUUUUAAUGGUUGAUCAGCAGCCACGCACGAUUUCGAAUUAAGCUGAAAAAUCAAAAAAAAAAAAAAUUAAUAAACUGCCAGUUCGUAAAGACGAGGUGGACCACAUCGGGGCUACAGGCUCGUUAGAAUUUACGACGAUUUCAAAGGGACCCAGAUUUUUACACGUUAUUUUUCUACCGGGUUUUUUAAAUAGAAUCGCGUCCAAAAGAGAACACACGCGUUACGUUCUAUUGUCGUUAUUGAUCAGAAUUUCUCCAUUAAUCGACUAAUAAUUCACGUUGAAUAAGUAGAGACGUGACUUUCGUUCGGUCUUGGUGAUUCGCAAAAUGAUAAUAUAGAUACGAAAACUGCGAAUAUCAUUCGAUUACUUUAAAAUCGGACUUAUCCUAUGGACAAAUAGCUGCCGCAGAAUUGGACGUAUGCUUCGCUUGAAAUGAUAACUCAUUCAUUAAAGAAACGUUCGCGUAUUUCGUUAUCAGUGAUUCGAAAUGUUAAGUAUACCUGAUUUGUCGUAAUUGGAAAUUUGCGAUUCGUAAAGAUUUUAACGCGCAGGUACUUUGUGCCCGCCGUGUAACGAGGGAUCAAGAACUCUUUCGGUUGAUUAAUUGUUUUCUUGUUUCUUUAUUGUUAAUGUUUGUUUCAGAAAUGUUCC